AUUGUUUAUCAAUCAAACUGCGCGGUUCUUGUUUAAUUAAAUGUUAAGCAUCCGGUGGUUAUCGCGAGCAACGGUUUCAACGAGAAAAAAUCUCAAGUGUCAAAAGUGCGGCGGAUUAACUCGAGUGUUAUUAUGUGCGCGGAUUAGUUCUUCCCGGAGACUUCGAUGCGAGGUUGCACGGAUAAGGAAAAUAGAAAGUGCAACACAAGUGGCAUCCGGUAGAUCCAAUGACGUCUAGAACACGAUAACUUAAUACGAACCAUGACGAUAAUUGUAACGGGCAGUGUAGUGGUUGUGUAAUCUCGUGAACUGCAAGUGUCGGAGUGUGGCUAAGCGCCGAAGACGAUGCCUCCAGCAUGCUUUUGCCGGACGAGACGUACGAGCAGGGCGCCGUGGUCGCGGGACAUCUCCUGGCCAUGCUGCGGGUCUACGACGACUUCCUGGCCCGCUACCGGAUCAGACCCGAGUUCUUCUGCAGAUAUCGCGAAAAAGAAGCUUUGCAGAAACGGCUUAGUCGCGUGGUAGAAGCGGCUUCUCGGAGCAGUAGGCGACAUUCUAGCUCCCAAGAUGCGUCGUCGUCGAACGAAGCCGUCCACCUGCAGCAGCGCCUCCGCAGCCUGAGCACGGAGCUGGUGACGCUCCGCAACCGCCUCCAUGUGCAGGGCGCGCCGGCGGCCCCCCUGAAGGGCGCCCCCGUGCCGGUGGUGGCCGGCACGCAGCCGGUGAUUCCCCCGCGGAGCGCGCCGACGGCGCCGCUUCCCGUGGUGGCCGUCCCCGACAGCCGCCCCCAGCUGCCCACCGCGGGGGCCGACCUGGACGACCUCAUCCACCUGCAGGGGCCUCUCACCGAAGACGCGGUGAUGAAGUGCCUCCAGGCGCGAUUCAACGCUUCCAACUUCUACACAAACGUGGGUCCAAUUCUCUUGUGUGUGAACCCAUACAGAGACGUCGGCAAUCCAUUAACACUGAACAGUACUCGCGGCCUGGCCUUGAGCCCCCAACUAAACAGGGUAGUUCAGGAAGCUGUCCGACAGCAAUCCGAAACGGGUUAUCCCCAAGCCAUCAUCCUUUCAGGAACCAGCGGCUCCGGUAAGAGCCAUGCUUCCAUGUUGCUUCUGCGACAACUUUUUGCCGUCGCUGGCGGAGGCCCCGAAACGGACGCUUUCAAGCAUUUAGCCGCGGCUUUCACAGUAUUACGGUCGCUGGGCUCCGCUAAAACCGCCACCAACUCGGAGUCGAGCCGAAUUGGCCAGUUCAUCGAAGUGCAGGUCACGGACGGGGCGCUGUACCGCACCAAAAUCCACUGCUACUUUCUGGACCAGACGCGCGUCAUCCGGCCCUUGCCCGGCGAGAAAAACUACCACAUUUUCUACCAAAUGCUCGCCGGCUUGUCCGCCGAAGAGCGCAGCAAACUCAACUUAGAAGGUCACACGCCGGCCACUCUGCGGUACCUGCAACACGGCGAUACGCGCCAAGACCUGGCCGAGGACUCCUCGAGGUUUCAAACGUGGAAGACCUGUUUGGGCAUCCUUGGUAUUCCGUUCUUGGAUGUUGUGAGGGUCCUAGCGGCGGUGCUUCUCUUGGGAAACGUGCAAUUUCUGGACGGGAAGGGGCUGGAGGUGGACGUGAAGGGCGACACGGAGCUGAAUGCCGUCGCGGGGCUGCUGGGGGUGUCCGGGGCUGCGCUGUUCCGGGGUCUCACCACUCGCACGCACAAUGCGCGAGGGCAGCUGGUCAAGUCGGUCUGCGACGCCAAUAUGUCGAACAUGACGCGGGAUUGCCUGGCUAAAGCACUGUAUUGUCGAACUGUGGCCACUAUAGUUAGACGGGCCAACAGUUUGAAGAGGUUAGGCUCGACUCUGGGGACUUUGAGUUCGGAUUCGAACGAGUCGGUGCAUAAUCAGGCAGAGGUUACGAGUCAGCACGCUUCGACGGUGAAUGGCAGUACCAACGCUGGGAGCAAGUCCAUGGCGGCACUUAACAACGCGGUACGCCAUGCCACGGAUGGGUUUAUCGGGAUUUUGGAUAUGUUCGGGUUUGAGGACCCGAAGCCCAGCCAGCUGGAGCACCUCUGCAUCAAUUUAUGCGCGGAGACGAUGCAGCACUUCUACAACACGCAUAUUUUCAAGUCGAGUAUCGAGUCGUGUCGGGAUGAGGGAAUAAACUGCGAGGUCGAGGUGGAUUACGUUGAUAAUGUCCCUUGUAUCGACUUGAUCUCGUCGCUGCGGACGGGUCUGUUGAGUAUGCUCGAUGUGGAAUGCUCAAUUCGCGGCACCGCCGAGUCUUACGUAUCUAAAAUCAGCGUGCAGCACAAACACAAUAGUAGGCUCUUCGAGCCGAAACCGGUCGACCCGCGCCUCUUCGGCAUCCAGCACUUCGCCGGGAGGGUCGUGUACGACGCCACCGACUUCCUGGAUACGAACAAGGACGUCGUCCCCGAUGACCUGGUGGCGGUGUUUUACAAACACAAUUGCAAUUUUGGGUUCGCUACUCAUUUAUUCGGCAGCGAAUUGAAGGCUUUGUAUUCGGUGGAGAGCGUCCCUCGAGGGGUCAGCUUCCGGAUAUCGCCGACGUCCCACACUGACCUUUUAAAUGGCGACGAACCCGUGUCUACACUGACGCAAGAUUUCCAUACACGACUCGAUAAUUUAUUGCGAACGCUGGUUCACGCUAGACCUCAUUUCGUGCGCUGCAUUCGCAGCAACUCACAGGAGACUCCCAACAGAUUCGAUCGCGGAACUGUUGUCCGACAGAUCCGCUCGUUACAAGUACUCGAAACGGUUAAUCUCAUGGCUGGAGGAUACCCGCAUAGAAUGCGCUUCAAAGCGUUCAAUGCCAGGUACCGGCUCUUGGCCCCUUUCGCGAGGCUGCACCGCACGGACGAGAAAGUCACCGAUGACUGCCAUCUGAUCCUCCAAUACGUCGUCGACUUGAUUUCCAAACAGCACAACACGUUGGUCUCGACGAGCUGGGCGUUGGGCAAACGCCACAUUUUCCUCAGUGAAGGGAUAAGACAACACCUGGAAAAACUCCGGACGGAAACGCGCCAGAAGGCGGCAACGCUGAUUCAGGCCACCUGGAGGGGUUGGCAUUGCCGGUACCGAUGGGCGGCUUUACGCCGCGAGAAAGAGCACAAAAGUGCCACUAACACCAACACUCUGAAUAAUCGUACUCCAAUAGGGGGCGCUAUCGCCAGGCCACGGCCCCAACCCAUCGCCGGGACGCCCCCUCCCGACCCCAAUGAGAAAUGCGACGCCAAAAUAAUUCAACAGACUUGCAAUCUCUUUGGGCUUGAUUUGGAACGGCCGCCUCCCGUGCCCCCCAGUCGUUCCUACACCGUUUCGGGCAAUACGAAACUUGGUUACCCCCAAACUAGAGUAAUGAAAAUGUCGUACCCCGAGGAUUGCAACGGAGAGGGACAAGUGUUGAUGAAAGGAGAGACUGUCUUAGUUGUAGGAGCUUCGCACCGUCGAGGUCAUUUGAUUGUCGAACAUAAACACUGUACUUUCCACGUACCAUUCCAGUUCUUGGAGUUGAAACAAAGUGUCAAUAUUUAAACUUGCCAUUUUAUCGUAUUCUAAGUUGUAAAAUAGUAGGUUUAGAUAAAUAUGUUUUAUUUCCAUACUUAUUGAGAUGUGUUCAUUGUAUAGCGAAAAUGCCGCCACAGCCAUAAUUUUGCUGGUACUCUUGAUUGUAAUUAUUUGUCAUAAGACACCAACGAUUUGUACAAACCGUAAUUUAAAUAUACAUAAAACUGUCCUAUUUAAUUUCAAAAUAUAUUUUUAUACUCUA